CGGCUAUGACGAUGGUUUGCAGAAAGAAGACAACUUAGAGGAUUACUUCGAGAGCUUGAAGAAGGUGGGUUCAAAGACCUUAACACAACUCAUCAAGAAACAAGAAAGCUUGGGUGAUCCUAUAAGUUGUGUUGUCUAUGACCCUUUUCUCCCCUGGGCUUUGGAUGUGGCCAAACACCUUAACUUAAUUGCUGAUGCCUAGCUUCUUCACUCAAUCUUUUGCUGUUUGCAGCAUUUACUAUUAUCUGAAAAGGGGUCUACUCACAGUGCCAGUGGUUGCCCGCGCCGUCAUUUCUGUCGCCGGAUUACCACCACUUACAAUCUCCGAUCUGCCGUCUCUUGUUUCUAUAUAUGGAUCGUACCCUGCGGUGCUUACCUUAGUUACAAGCCAAUUUUCCAACAUCGACAAGGCAGAUUGCCUCCUUUUUAACUCAUUUGACAAGCUGGAGCAAGAGGUAGUGAAUUGGAUGGCUAAGCUAUGGCCAGUGACGAUGAUCGGACCAACCAUCGAACUUGACAAGCGAAUCGAAGGCGAAGAAGAUUAUGGGCUUAAUCUCUUUAAUCCGAGUGUAGAUGCCUGUAUGAAGUGGCUAAACAUGAGGGGAAUUGGAUCUGUUGUCUAUGUAUCUUUUGGAAGUGUUGCUGAUUUAGGAGAUGAGCAAAUGAAAGAACUAGCUUGGUGCCUGAAGGAGAGCAAUAAUCAUUUCUUGUGGGUAGUGAGGAAAACAGAGGAGAAGAAGCUUCCAAGCAAUUUUAUGGAAGAGACAUGGGAGAAGGGAUUGGUGGUCACUUGGUGUCCCCAGUUGGAGGUGUUGUCACACAAGGCUGUGGGAUGUUUUGUGACACAUUGUGGGUGGAAUUCAACUUUGGAGUCAUUGAGUUUAGGUGUACCAAUGGUGGGAUUGCCACAAUGGACUGAUCAGCCAACUAAUGCAAAAUGUAUUGAGGAUGUGUGGGGAAUUGGAUUGAGAGCUAAGGUGGAUGAAAAGGGUGUUGUAGUAAGGGAAGAGAUAGAAGCAUGUAUAAGGGAAGUUAUGGAAGGAGAGAAAGGAAAAGAGAUUAGAGAGAAUGGUAUCAAAUGGAAAGAGCUUGCCAAAGAGGCAGUAGCUGAAGGUGGAAGUUCAGACAGAAACAUUGAAGACUUUGUUGCUAGUUUGGCAUGUCCCCUCAAUGUGUGAUGUAAUUGAUUAA